CCCCUCUAUGGGGACCGGGGUCUGAGCCCCUGGUCCGGCGGCCGCAACCAAGUAGGCCUCCUUCCUUUACCUCAGAGAUGGCUGCCUGACCCUCCCGCUAAGCGGCCGCCUUUGAAUCCUUGCUUCAACGCCUCCACUCCCCACCCCCACCCCAAGUUCUGUACAGCCAGGCUCUCUCAUGGGCAGCCCUGGAGCUCCUCACCUCUUGCCGUCUGAGGCCCGGUAGGGCCGGCACAGAGAGGACACCAUGGCCGAGCACGGAGCUCACAUCACAGCCGCCUCCGGCUCCGAUGACCGGCCUUCCAUCUUCGAAGUGGUUGCUCAGGACAGUCUAAUGACAGCCGUGAGACCUGCCCUUCAGCAUGUGGCCAAGGUUCUUGCAGAAUCCAACCCUGCCCAUUAUGGCUUCCUCUGGAGAUGGUUUGACGAAAUUUUCACUUUUCUGGAUCUUUUGCUACAGCAGCACUACUUGUCUAAAGCCAGUGCCUCCUUCUCUGAAAACUUUUAUGGCUUAAAGAGGAUCGUGAUGGGAAACCCUCGAGAGGUCCAGAGAUUGGCCAGUGUUGGCCUCCCAAAGAAGCAGCUUUGGAAGUCCCUCCUGUUCCUGGUCCUCCUUCCCUACUUGAAAGUGAAGUUGGAGAAGUUGGUCUCCAGCCUAAGAGAAGAAGAUGAAUAUUCCAUUCAUCCCCCCUCUUCCUGUUGGAAGCGUUUUUACCGAGCUUUCCUGGCAGCUUAUCCAUUUGUAACCAUGGCCUGGGAAGGCUGGUUCCUCAUACAGCAGUUACGUUACAUCCUGGGGAAGGCUCAGCAUCAUUCACCAUUGCUGAGCCUAGCUGGAGUUCGCCUAGGUCGACUCUCAGCUGAAGAUAUCAGAGCUCUGGAAAAGACACUAGCUCAAGCUAGUGGAAUGCCACAACCAGCCACUAGUAUUCGAGAGAAGGUGCAAUCAGCUGUCAAGAAAGCUAUAGGAGGCCUUGCCUUGUCCAUCUCCACUGGCCUUUCUGUAGGUGUUUUCUUCCUGCAAUUCCUAGACUGGUGGUACUCCUCAGAGAAUCAAGAAACCAUCAAAUCUCUGACUGCCUUGCCCACCCCACCACCCCCUGUCCACCUGGACUACAACUCUGAUCCUUCUUUGUUGCCGAAGCUGAAGACUGUGUGUCCCUUAUGUCGAAAAAUCCGGGUGAAUGACACAGCACUUGCCACCUCUGGCUAUGUGUUUUGUUACCGAUGUGUUUAUAACUAUGUGAAGAGUCACCAAACCUGCCCCAUCACAGGCUAUGCAACAGAAGUACAGCACCUGGUUAAAUUGUACUCCCCCGAAAACUGAAUGACCUUGCCAACUGUGCCCCAUGGUAAGACUACUUUGCCUGCCUUCCAUCCUGCCACAGAAUGGUAUUAUCAGAUCCAUUCAUGUUAGUCACCCACCUCAGGACCACUUCAACCUUAAAGAGCCUAGCAGAACUUUUUAAAAAAUCAAACGCCCAGGGGCAGUGAGGUGGCUCAGUGGAUUGAGAGCCAGGCUUAAGAGA